GCCUUUUCCUCGUUGUGGGGCUCUUAGAGCCCUGUGGAACUGAGGGACAUCCCUCUGCCUGAACCCUGACCGCACUGUCUCCCUUCUUGCAGGGUCCUGGGAGUGAGGCCUCCGCAGCUGCAGCAUGGACCAGCGAGGGCCGCCUGCUCCCGCUCCGGAAGAAAGUGAAGUAAAAUACGACACUAACAACAAUGAAGAGGAGGAGGGUGAACAAUUCGAUUUUGACAGUGGAGAUGAAAUUCCAGAAGCAGACAGACGAGCCCCAGAUGCUCCCAUGGAGAGUAACGCAGGAGCCACCCCCGACGCCACUGCCGCCCCCACUGCCACUGCCGAGGCCACUGCCACAGCUGACCCCAAGGCCACUGCCGAGGCCACUGCCACUGCUGACCCCAAGGCCACUGCCGAGGCCACUGCCGACCCCAGUGUCACUGCUGAGGCCAGUGCCACCACCGACGCCGGCUCAGGAGGUGAAAACAGGUCAGGAGCAGACACGGCUGCACCGGCGGAACCCACUAAACUUGUGGCCCCAACCAGAGUCAACCCCUACUCUGUCAUCGACAUCACGCCCUUCCAGGAAGACCAGCCCCUGCCCCCAGACCCGGAGGCCGAGGAGGAGGGUGUGAGCCUGCACGUGCCCAGCGGGUACUCGGUGCCCGUGCCCUGCGGCUAUGCGGUGCCCUGCAGCCUGCCCCUGCUCCUGCCGGCCUACUCCAGCCCCGUCAUCAUCCGUGCCACGUCCCUGGAUGAAGAAGCAGAGACACAGGAAGCAGCAGAAGACAGCCAGUUUAAUUCUUUAAGUUCCGAGGACCCUCCAAACAGUGAAGAUCGAGUCCACAAAGAAGACAGUGCCCUCGCCCGGUGGGUUGCAGAUCCAGCCAAUACAGCGUGGAUGGAGAAUCCGGAAGAAGCUAUUUAUGACGAUGUGCCAAGAGAGAAUUCAGACUCUGAACCAGAUGAAUUGAUUUAUGAUGAUGUUGAGAAUGGAGAUGAAGGUGGAAACAGCUCUUUGGAAUACGGAUGGAGUUCAAGUGAAUUUGAGAGUUACGAAGAGCAGAGUGACUCGGAGUGCAAGAAUGGGGUUCCCAGGUCCUUCUUGCGCAGCAACCACAAAAAGCAACUUUCCCAUGACCUAGGCCGUUUAAAGGAGCACUAUGAAAAAAAGAUGAGAGAUUUGAUGGCAAACACGGUGGGAGCCGUAGAGAUCCAGCAGCUAAAGCAAAAACAUGAACUGAAGAUGCAAAAGCUCAUGAAGGCUGCAAGGGAGGGCACCAAAGAUGGGCUCGAGAAGACCAGAGCCGCCGUGAAGAGAGGCCGCUCCUUCAUCAGGACCAAGUCUUUCAUUUCUCAAGUGGCUGCACCAUUUUGCAUUCCCACCGGCAGUGACGAGAGUUCCUGUUGCUCCGCACCCUCGCCAGCAUGUGGUGUUCUGGAUUUCGGCCGUUCUCAUAGGUGUGCAGACACUGAUCACAGAUCUUGUCUGGAAGAAGAGCAGAAUCUGUUUAUUGAUGUGGACUGCAGGCACCCGGAAGCUGUCUUGACCCCAAUGCCUGAAGGUUUAUCUCAGCAGCAGGUCGUAAGAAGAUAUAUUCUGGGUUCCGUUGUCGACAGUGAAAAGAGCUACGUAGAUGCUCUUAAGAGGAUUUUGGAGCAGUAUGAGAAGCCGCUGUCUGAGAUGGAGCCGAAGAUCCUGAGCGAGAGGAAGCUGAAGACGGUGUUCUACCGGGUCAAGGAGGUCCUGCAGUGCCACUGCCUGUUCCAGAUCGCGCUGGCCAGCCGUGUGGCUGAGUGGGACGCCGUAGAGACGAUCGGAGACGUCUUCGUCGCCUCGUUUUCCAAAUCCAUGGUGCUGGACGCAUACAGUGAGUACGUGAAUAAUUUUAGCACAGCUGUGGCAAUCCUCAAGAAGACGUGUGCAACAAAGCCUGCGUUUCUUGAAUUUUUAAAGCAGUGCGAGGAGUCAAGCCCCGACCGCACCACCCUCUACAGCCUCAUGGUGAAGCCCAUCCAGAGGUUCCCGCACUUCAUCCUGCUGCUCCAGGACAUGUUGAAGAAUACAUCCAAAGGACAUCCCGACAGGCUGCCCCUUCAGAUGGCGCUGACGGAGCUGGAGACGUUAGCAGAGAAAUUAAAUGAAAGGAAAAGAGAUGCUGAUCAACGCUGUGAAAUUAAACAAAUAGCGAAAGCCAUCAAUGAGAGAUACCUGAACAAGCUUCUCAGCAGUGGAAAUCGAUACCUCGUUCGAUCUGACGAUAUGAUAGAAACAGUUUACAACGACAGGGGAGAAGUUGUUAAAACCAAAGAGCGCCGGCUCUUCAUGCUGAACGACGUGCUGAUGUGCGCCACGGUCAGUGCCCGCACCUCGCACGACAGCAAUGCUCUAAUAUCAACCAGCCAAAGGUAUUUAUUAAAGUGGAGUGUUCCUCUUGGACACGUAGACGUCAUCGAGUAUGGCAGUAAGGACGGCGCAGGAGAAAACAGCAGGUGUGCGCCGGUGCACCCGCCCGAGAGCCUGGCUGUGGUGGCCAACGCUAAGCCAAACAGAGUUUACAUGGGGCCGGGACAGCUGUAUCAGGAUUUACAGAACCUGCUGCACGACUUGAAUGUGGUUGGUCAGAUCGCUCAACUGGUCGGAAACCUGAAAGGCAACUAUCAGAACUUAAACCAGUCAGUAGCCCAUGAUUGGACGUCAGGUUUACAAAGGCUGAUUUUGAAGAAAGAGGAGGAGAUAAGGGCCGCCGACUGCUGUCGAAUUCAGCUGCAGCUCCCGGGGAAGCAGGACAAGUCUGGGCGGCCUACUUUCUUCACAGCUGUGUUCAAUACGUUCACCCCCGCCAUCAAAGAGUCUUGGGUCAACAACUUGCAGAUGGCCAAGCUUGCCCUUGAGGAGGAGAACCACAUGGGCUGGUUCUGCGUGGAAGAUGACGGGAAUCAGAUUAAGAAGGAAAGACACCCCCUCCUCGUGGGACACAUGCCGGUGACGGUGGCCAAGCAGCAGGAGUUCAAGAUCGAAUGUGCUGCCUACAAUCCCGAGCCUUACCUGAGUAAUGAGGGUCAGCCAGAUGCGUCGUCCACCGCUCACGGUUUCCUGUGGAUUGGAAGUUGCACCAGUCAGAUGGGGCAAAUUGCCAUCGUCUCGUUUCAAAGUUCCAACCCCAAAGUCAUCGAGUGCUUCAACGUGGAGUCUCGCAUCCUGUGUAUGGUGUACAUCCCCGUGGAGGAGAAGCCCAGGGAGCCCGGCACAGCCUCGGAGCCCGAGGCCUCGGCUGUGAGGGCGUUGGGUGUCCCCACCAUCUGCCUGGGGACGGAAGAAGGAAGCAUUUCCAUUUACAAAAGCAGUCAAGGCUCCAAGAAAGUGCGACUGCAGCACUUUUUCACCCCCGAGAAGUCCACGGUCAUGAGCCUGGCCUGCACGCCUCAGCGCCUGUACGCCGGCCUCGUCAACGGGACCGUGGCCAUCUACGCAAAAGCAGAAGAUGGAUCCUGGAAUUCUGAACCUCAAAAAGUGAUAAAAUUAGGCGUCCUGCCAGUGAGAAGUCUACUAAUGAUGGAAGACACAUUAUGGGCGGCGUCUGGAGGUCAAGUUUUUAUAAUCAGUGUUGAGACUCAUGCUAUAGAGAACCAGCUCGAGGCCCACCAAGAAGAGGGCAUGGUGGUCUCGCACAUGGCUGUUGCUGGCGUGGGCAUUUGGAUCGCCUUCACUUCCGGGUCCACGCUACGCCUCUUCCACACGGAGACCCUCAAACAUCUCCAAGACAUCAACAUUGCCACCCCCGUCCACCACAUGUUACCAGGGCCCCAGCGGCUGUCUGUGACCAGCCUGCUCGUCUGCCAUGGCUUGCUGAUGGUCGGCACCAGCCUGGGCAUCGUGGUGGCCCUGCCUGUCCCGCGUCUGCAGGGGAUUCCCAAAGUGACCGGAAGGGGCAUGGUCUCCUACCACGCGCACAACGGGCCUGUCAAGUUCCUGGUCGUGGCCACAGCCGCCCUCAAGACAGACAAGGACAAGCCCAGAGAUAGCCCGCCCCCCGGCGCAGACGCCCAGGAUGAAGACCAGAAGGACGCGCUCCCCAGCGAGGGGGCUGAGCCCGGCCUGGCUCAGAGCAGCCCCGACGCUGUGUGGCUGGGGGGCUCGCUGGGCUCCGUGACCCACAGAAGCGAUUUCUCGUCCUCGUCCGGGUCCCUGACUCCGUCCCAGGGCUCCGGCUCCCUGGAGCCCAGGUCUGAGGAGAGCAUCAUCUACGACCUCCUGCGGCACCCCAACGUCUCGCCGAGCAGAGGGCGGCGGGCCAGGAAGGCGAGAGCCAGCUCCGUGCUGGUGGCGUGUGGAGGCCAGGGCCACCGGCGGGUGAGCAGGAAGGCCAGGCAGCAGCGCUCGGAGGAGCUGGCCUCCUCCGUCAUGGUCUGGCAGAUCCCCCUGCUACACGUGUGAGCCGAGCGCUGCUCUCCGGUGUCGGGACCCGCAGUCAAGGGUGGCUUGUCAGCCAAGUCAGGCGACCUGAGUGGUUUCAGCCGUGUCUACACUGGUUGGGGAUAAUUAAAAACCGUCUUUGGGGAAGAAACGUGCAAUAUCAUAAUGGCGGCAUUUUACUGCCAAUGUGUUCCUUGUCUUACAGCAGCAGAACUGAGCACAAACACUUCUGAAGACGGCAGAAGAUCAACACUAAGUUUGAGUAAUUGGAAGUUCUGGGAACACACAUUCUUUGUGACGGCUGUAGUCCUUAUAUAUGAAGACGAAAUGCUCCAGAUCUAUCCUGCUACUUAGAGUAUUUGCAAACUAAGACCUUAUGGGAACAUACAGCAUAUUCAGUAGUGUAGGAAUUUAUUAACAAUUCUUAAAGUAAUUUUACUUGAUUCAGAUUCACUACUUUUAUUUAUAUUGUAUAUCUUUUAAUUUCAGAAUAGAAUUUGUAACAAUGAAGAAAGCCAGGUAACAUAGACCAGUCCAGGAGGUGUUAUUUGCUUUCUGAAGUAAGCUGGGUUUUCCAAAGUGGUCUAAUGUGUGUAUUGUAUAUUUUAACAAAGUAGUAUUUUUAUAUUGCAUUUUUCUAUUAAAAAUUAACAGUUAAUAUUUUAGUCAGUAAAUUAUCUGUAACAUUACACAAAUAAUGUUUGCUUUGAACCAAAAAGCUCACUUCCCAUCAACAUCUAGACUGAAGCAUCAAUGCCAAAAUGUUCUUCCCUCCUCCUGUUAAAUAGUAUUAAUAUCCAUGUUAGAAAUAGGUAUGUUGAGCAUUGCAGGAACUGUACAGAAAGCGUCUCAGUUGAUUAUUUCAUGCUGUUUCUCGCACCUGUUGACCUAGGAUGCUGUGUCUGUUGUUGAGUAUGCUGUCUGAACAACCUGUGGUGCUAGUCAGUGUGGGUGUGCCAUUGCUGGCGGUGGGACACAGGCCAGGACAGGUGGCACUCCGGUCAACCGACCUAUCGUUUAGAUGUCUCUGCAAGUGCUCAGGUUUGCACUCUCCAGUCAUAGAGCCAGCUGCGUGUGUCAAGGUGCUUGAGUGAGUGAUGAGUUCCAUUAUGCUGAAAGUGCAUUUAUAUCAGUGUUCUACUUAACAGACAGUUAAAAAAAAAACUAAUGCAGGCAUUCACCUGAAGUAAAUUUCUCAGCACUUUACAGAUGACUAAAAAUGCUAAUUUUAUGACUUAGCCAAAUAUUUCCCAAGGUGCAUAUAUGUCCCCAUGUAAAAGUAAUAUCUCCCCAAGCUUUCUUAACUGUUAGCUGCUAUCCUUAUUUCAUAAAUAAAAGUCUUUUUAUUUAAACAUA